UUCAGCAGCUCAAGAGUAGUGAGCAGAAUAGUUGGAGAAUUGUUGAAGCAAAGAAAAUGAACAGCCGAGUUCUUCUCACCAGCCUGACCCUGUUUGUACUCUAUGUGGCAUCUACACAAGCUGCAUCUAUUGGAAAUUCAAAAGUGAGUCUUCGCUGCCAGUGCAUCAAUACACACUCCAAAUUCAUCCAUCCCAGGCGCAUGGAGAAUAUUAAAAUUAUUCCAAGUGGUCCACACUGCUCACGAGUUGAAAUCAUUGCAAUCCUUAAAAAUGGUUCCUUGGUGUGUUUGAAUCCUAAUGCCGUUUGGGUGAAAAAAAUCAUUGCCAUGAUGACCAAUAGUUCUUAGACGACUAAUGAAGCUCGCUCUUCAAAGAUCAAAGGCUGAAUGUCAAGUGUGUUAGGCUCAUUCGAAGUCGAGAUUCUGGACCAGCUCAGGAAUGUACUUUUAUACUCAGGCCUGUCACGGAUUUACAUCGGCCUGUGAAAGAAUGGCUCGUUUAAAACAGUAUUCAUCUUUUUCUUACUAAUUAGGACACUCAGACUAUCUACACCAUUUGUUUGCUAUCUCUAAUCUGAGGUUUUGUAGCUUAAUAUGUAUUUAUGUAUUAAAUUAUUUGAGAAAUUGACUGCUUGAAAACUGAAUGUGGCACCUUGUAAAGGAUCUGUAGUGAGAAAUUAGUUGGAAAUGGGUUAACUGUGGAAAAACAAUGUGGUUUCACCAUGAGUGUGUUAAUCCCUGUUUACGUGUUGGCAAGAGAUGAAUGAAAACUCAGGACACAGGUGUUCCCUUUGUUGAGGUUUCAUUCGUCCAUGUAGUGGCAUCCAGAGCUUACACAUGGACUAUGCCGUUAAAUACCUGGAGUAUUUUUUAUUCUGUUAUCGCACUGGCAGUUACUUAAUGUCAAGUUAUGGUUCUGCAGAAUUUGGCAGAAAUGGAAUUGUAAGUUCAGCAAAGGACCAUGCCAGUAACGGCAUAGAUUUUUAUUGUAAUUUGUUCCACUUGCACUUAAUUUAUUUG